CUUGAGAGACUUGAGACCUGACUUGACGUUUCAUUUUUGUUUAUUAUUUUGUUUUGAUCAUGACAAAAGCAAAAGAAAGAUAUAACCAUUUUAACCAAAAGUAAAGUGAGUUAAGUGUCAGUGUUAAGUGAGUAUACUUAAGAGUCAGAUAAUGGUAAAAUAAAUUAUCAAAAUAAAAUACAAAUUUCACACCAGGUCCUAGGCCCUAUUACACUUGCUUGGAUCAGUAAUUGAAGACAAAGACAAAAGUGUACAGUACAACGCAGUCAGUAAUCAAGACAAUGAUUCGUGGAGCUCUGAUUGUGGUAGAAGGCUGUGACCGAUCUGGUAAAACAACGCAAUGCAAGAAGCUUGUUAACCUUUUGAAGAAUAUAGACAUCCCGGCAGAAUACAUGAACUUUCCUGACAGAAGAACUCCAAUUGGAAAACUCAUCAAUGACUAUUUAACAAAGAAAGAAGAUUUUCCUGACAAAGCAAUACAUCUGUUAUUUUCUGCCAAUAGAUGGGAAACAGUACAUAAAAUUGAGAAAUCAUUGCUUCAGGGGACAACUGUAAUUAUUGACAGAUACGCUUUCUCAGGGGUGGCGUUUUCUGCUGUGAAACCAGGUUUGGACCUGGAGUGGUGUAAGCAGCCUGACUCUGGUCUCCCCAAACCAGACCUGGUGUUGCUGCUCAAUCUCACGCCUGAGGCUCAGAGGGCGAGGGGAGGCUUUGGGGCUGAGAGAUAUGAAAAGGACGAAAUCCAACGUAAAGUCAUAGAAAUCUAUAAAACACUGCAAGAUUCAUCUUGGAAGGAAAUCGAUGCAGAUAAAUCUGAAGAAGAACUAACAGAAGAACUGUUAUCCCACAUUACAGAAACUGUGAAUGAAAGUAAGCUGUUACCACUUGGAAAACUUUGGUGAUCAAAAUAUUCUACAAUAUUUGUUAAAACAAGGAAUGUGAUAUAUUUGAACUUUGUGUGAAUGAAUGCAUUUUGUGUAUUAAUGUUGUAGGUUUUAUUUAUUAUUUUAUUUUAUUGACCAACUUUUUUAUAACCCAAAAAUAUCGGUUACCGCAGACCUCCAGCACAAGUUACACCUAACAGAGUUUGCUGUUGUGAACACUGGGGACAAUUCCUGGAUUUUUUCAUGAGUUCCGUGACCACUCUGACUAUGUUUCCCUAUAUUAUUCUGAAUAAACAUAGUUAUGAUAAGUGUUAACUUUGGCAAUAAAAAUACUGUGUCAUAAGUAAAA